UUUGAAAAGUGUUAUGGACUGGGGCUUAAAAAUGAAUCAAAACCCAAAAUCAAUCGCCCAGUUGGCGAUCGUCCUCGCGAGUGUCGUCCUGUUGGCUAGUCGACCGGUUGAAAGUGCGGCCACAGGCCCCGGAAAAUCGUCCGGAUCGUCUUCCCUAUCGUCGUCGACGGAUUCGCCCAAGGAUCUAAACUCGGCCGGAAACUUUUGGAAUCCCGUAACUCCACCUCAGGCCGAGUACUAUCACGAUCGGUACAGCAGCCUGCACAGGCCGGAUCGAGAUAGGACCGAUUUUGUGACGACUUCGUUCGGAAAUAGCUACGAUAGCAAAUAUGGCGGGGGUUCGUCAUCGCUUUACGGCAGCAAAGAUCGUGUUGGGUUCAGUCCCUUUAGCUCUGGAGGUUCCUAUUACAGUUCAGGAGGUGUUUUUGAUCGAAAACAACCGCCCUAUGGACCAGCAACCCCCAUAGACUACCCACCAACCUAUGCCCAUGAGUACGACACCCAUUACGACUAUCAGCCCCAUGGGCACGGUUACAGCAUAGGACACUCGCACAGUGGAAAGGACAUUGCAAAAUCUGUACUUAUUCCACUGGCCGGUGCAGCUCUACUCGGUAUUGCCGCAGCUCUGGUGGCCAAUCCAGUUCUCCUCCAUCUGGGUGCCGUCGGGUUGGGCAAACGGAAACGGCGAGAUGUGUCGUCUUCUGAUGCACACCAUUUGGCAUAUCGAGCGCAGAUUGUGAAACCAACACUAUGAAUUGGAUUACUUCCCACGAUCCCACCACUCAAAUAAUGCAUCAUUAUUCGCCGCCCAGGACUCAUUUCGAUAUCUAUUAUUUCUGCAGUAGCUUUUUUCUACCAUCGUUACCUCGUUCGGCUGUACGGGAUGUAUAAUAUUUAUUAAGAUAUUGAAACGUCCCUUUGAGAUGUCAAAGUGCUAUUAAAGUAGAAUUUAUGUAUGUUAUUAGUUUAAGCCUUAAUAUAGGUCCC